UUUUUUAUAUGAGUUAUAAUAUUUCCUCAGUAUAUUUAUAUUUUAUAAGUUGUCAUAGUACGUAAAAUGUAUUGUUUCUUCGUCUAUUCGACUUAAACAUGUAAACUUUAAUUGUUAUAAUAUAAUAUUAUUGAUUCUAUUGUCUUGUGAACACUAUUCAAAACUUAUUUUAUGAACAAAUAACACAUGUUCAGUUUUAUUAUUCCGAGAUAUCACUCAAAUUUUUCCGAACUAAAAUACUAAACUGUUAACAAUGUCGAUUUUCGGACAGUGCAAUUCGUCAAAAUCGAGUACAUCUAGAAUGUCAUAUCUUAACCAAAAACGUAAGCCAUCGCUAUCAACUAUUAAGUCUAACGAGUCAUUCGAGAGUUCAACAAAACACAAAUUUGGAUUGGUAUACGUUGAAAUUUGUGAGAAGUAUAACACGCGACCUGUACCGUGGGUGAAAUGUAAUGGUAAGACAAACUCUAUUGAAAUAUUGGGCGAUCGUAUGAAAACUGACGAAUGGCUAGCCGCAAUGGAAGCGCUAAGCACUGAUACCAGUACCCAUUACAUACGCAUAAAAAAUAAACGCUAUACAGAACACUUGGCGAAAAACUACGAAACAUUCAAUAGUGCCGUUGGAGCUCCCAAAAACGUUCUUGCUGUGACCACAGUAUAUGUAGUACGCCUAAUCGCAACUUCCAUCCACGAAGUAUUGAUCAACACGACCGCACUUGUUUGCCUUGAACUGGAAAACGUGAUUUUCGAUGAACAAGCUUUAGAAACUCUUAUAGCCGGUAUCGACACCAACCAAACGAUCCAGCACUUGUCCCUGGCCUACAGCCGCAUCGGGAACGAAGCCUGUCUAACGUUAUGUCGGACACUCAGGGACAAACCGAAUAUCCGGUCCGUGGAUCUUUCCGGGUGUUGCUUGAACCGUGAGUCGGCCGCCUCCGGUCUGCUUAACGUGAUAAAAAAACAACAAGUCAAGAGGCACGAAGAAUGUUGGGCGCACUCGCUUCGGCACCGGAUUGCCAAUCCGGAUAUCAUGCACGGGCUACGGAGGUUGACGCUCAACGACAACACCGCUAUCGGCGACGCGGGGGUUGCCGACUUAUUCGAAUCGUUAAAAGACGACUAUUACGUGAAAGCUGUGGACCUGCAGAAUUGCGGGCUCACCGAUCGUGGUGCUCAGUUGGCGUUGUCCACUUUGAUGAUCAACGACACGUUGGUUGUGUUGGACGUUAGGAAAAAUUCUAACAUAUCGUCAGCCAUGUUGGAGGCGAUUAUGACUAGAUUGUACGAGAACAACGUCAAAAAAACGGAGACUAAAAAGUGGAAAUGGACCAAGCUUGGACGGGAAAACGUAUAUGAAUCGUCAUGCACAUUAUUGGCUCGAUAAAAAGUCCGACGAAAAACAUAAAUAAAUAUAGAAAAAAAACAUAA